AUGUCUACUGCUUUUGUAACAGGUGCAAACGGUUUUAUUGCGCAACAUAUUGUGGUUGCUCUCCUUGAAGCUGGAUAUAAAGUGAUUGGUUCAGUAAGAAGUAGUGCAAAGGGUGACCAGUUGAAAGAAAAUCUUAGAGGUAAGGCCUUCGAUUACGUAGUGGUUGAAGAUUUAGGUAAGAAGGGUGCAUUUAAGCAAGCUUUAAAGAGCCAUCCAGAAAUUAAGUAUUUUCUCCAUACUGCUUCUCCAGUUGAUUUCGGAACAGACAAUCCUGAAAGGGAUUUCCUUAUCCCUUCAGUUGAAGGUAUUACAGAUAUCUUGACAACUGUCAAGGAUUACGGUCCUCAAAUUGAAAAGUUUGUGUACACUUCUUCAGUGGUUGCAAUUACAUACCUCGAUCGCCCUGUAGAGGAAACAGCCUCAGAAGAAAGUUGGAAUUCAAUUACCUGGGAAGAAGCAAAACUAGACGCUUCCCGGGGAUACCGCGGAUCCAAGACCUUUGCAGAAAGAGCAGCUUGGGAUUUUGUUAAGAAAGAAAAGCCUAAUUUUGUACUUUCUACGGUUAAUCCGACAUUCGUCUUUGGUCCGCAAGCUUUCGAGUCUGAAGUUAAAGAGAAGCUCAAUGAAACUAACCAAAUAAUAAACUCUUUAUUGAGUUUGAAAGCUACGGAUAAAGCCCCUGUUUUCGGUUGGACUUUCAUUGAUGUUAGAGAUGUUGCCAAGGCUCAUGUCUUAUCUCUUCAAAACCCUGAAAUUGAAAAUCAAAGAAUUAUAACAUCUAACACUAGGUUUGAUAGUCAGCUUGUACUUGACAUUAUCAAUAAGGAAUUUGCAGCCGAGUAUGCAGGAAAGAUUCCAACUGGUAAUCCUGGAGUUUACCAAAAAAUUGGGCCCACAUUUGACGAUAAGAAGUCAAGAAGUUUGUUAGGCUUCGAAUACAUCGACAUCAAGACUACUAUAGUAGACUUAGUUCAACAGGUUGUGAACUACAGGAAGAGGAGCAAUCUAUAG